AUGAUGCCACCAUCCUCAAGCUCAUCCUGCCUUAUUAUAGGCACAAGAAGGACAAAUAUACCAGUGAGCAGAGCGAACAAAGAGGCCUUUUCGCAGCUACCCAAGAACACGUUGAAUGAUGUGCCAGUUGAGGAUAGGUCCAUAAUGGACGUUGUGAACACAUGGAUUCAAUCAUCAGCAGGAGGGAAAAGUCCAGGCGUAAGUCUGGUAGAUUUGUUACUUCCAAUGAUCACAUACUGAUAAUAUUACCCUUCCGCAGACACCAUUUGCAGACAAUAAUGAUGUUGAGUUGGACGAGAAUUUAGAAGAUGUUGAUAUAAGAAUUGUGGAGGAGGUUCGCCUGGGCGACGGCGACCCUAAUCAGCCUUCCCUGCCCGCAGUCGGCAAUCGCGAAGAAAGACCGACCCGCGUUGUCGCGACUCCAUCUGGCAAUCCAGGAAUUGUACAAAGUCCAGUUCAACAACAACAACAACAACAACAACAACCAAAUUUGCGCCCACAAGUCAGCAAAAGGGAGGCUGAGAAACUGAAAGGAGUAGCAUUGCUUGAGCUUUACGCGAUCCAAGCUGCUAGUUCCGUUGAUCUCAGACCCGAUCCGACCGCACCAAUUUCUGGACCCCCUCAACAAGAGGUACCUGCUGCGACCAACAAUCACGAUGUUCUACAACCUCCUCGACUCAUACAGAGACUAGAAUCUCCUAUGGAAGACAAUCUGCAGAAGAAAGGAACUGGAAUAGUCCACUCGCACCCACGCCCCUAUACCAGCACCCCCUCAUUCAAUGACGACCAUAAUCCACUCAUAUCCAACAACUCGCCUUCACUAGAAAAAAGUCUGCAGACUUUGCUAGAAAGAGUUUUGGAGACAGAUAGAUUUCUGGCACAAAGCCCUAUAUUGGGUGUUUUGCAGGAAAUGGGGCCGCAUCAAGAUGGAGGAGAGAGAGGAAGCGUGGGUGGUGCUGCCAGCAUGCUACCUAUCAAUGGAUUAAGAAACCUUUACAAGGAAACUUCGCUACAACAAGAGUCCUCUAGCGCACAAGGAAAGCCGCAAAUGCCAAUUUCGCAAUCGCCGGCGCAUCAUGCGCAUCCUGCGCAUCCUACGCAUCAUGGUGGGAGAGAGGGAAACAGUCAUGCGAUGAUCGGUGGCUCUGCCAGUAUGUUACCUCGAGGACAUGUUUACAUGCAAAAUCCGAUGCAAAGCCAUCCCCCCAGUGCGCAAGCAAUUUCCAACAUACAGACUCGGGCAGCUUGGGACCCCCUGAGAGGAAAGAGAAGUCAAUAUAGAAGCCCGUAUGGAGAAACACCUGCGGUACAUGAAACUUCGAAAGCCACAGCACAUACUACCCAAAUUGUGCCGCUGCGAGAAGCCCCAAAGGCAAACCCAUAUGAUAUUCAAAGUUUCCUGCCUCCGCGAGAACCCCCAAGAGGAGAAGGCGGACCCUCACGUGUGCAUAAUCCAGUACUUCAGGAUGCUAUGAAAGCCGGAGGACGUAGUGAAAAUGGAAACUACCUACCAAAAGAAGAGAGUGGACGACGAAAGGGCGACGAUGCUGCUCAUACUAAUUUGAAUCUUCGCCAAAAUACCAGCACCCCCAAGUCGGCUUCGCCAUUUGCGGUCGUCAUACAAUCUCCUAGACACAUGAAAACAUCUAGCAAGGCAACACAUCACAAUUCUUUCGCCCACUCCCACAACGACUCUAACCCCAAACUCGGUUCAGCGGGCGAGGCGCCAGCAUUGACGACAUUCGGCCAACAUCGUACAAGUUCGUUUCGAGUUGAGAUAAACAGCAGUCCAGUGCGAUCUCUGCACCGAUCUCCUCCAUCGGUCACUUCGACAAACGCCAUGGGCAAAAAGCGCGGUCGACCGUUCGCCACCCCAGAGUCCGUGGCAAGAGCAGCAGAAAAGGCCGCCAGAAGAGAUCUUCAGUCCAGUGGAGAUGGACCCGCGAAGAAGCGUGGCCGUCCAUUUACAACCAUUGAGGCAGCAGAGAAAGCAGCCAAAAAGUUGAAAUCCACCGGACCCGACAGCGAGCAACCUAAGAAAAGAGGCCGUCCUUUUGCUGUUGAUAAACUAAUUGAGGGCCCUGAACCAUAUUUUCCUGUUUACUAUUGCGAAUGGAAAGGGUGUCCUGCUGAGUUGCACAACCUCGACACUCUUCGAAAACACUUGCACAUUCUGCACAAACAACGAGACAAGGUCACGGGCAUGAUUCCCUGCAUGUUUCGAAAGUGCGCCGAUUUCCAUACAGCAGAGACGAACGCGUUAAACAUUGAAGGCCAGGCAUCUCACUCUGCAGAAGGUUCCGCCCUUCCGCAUUCGUCCCCCGUCGCGUUCAGAAAGAGGUCUGAUUGGAAGGAACACCUGGAAAAAGAACACUUGACUCCAAUCGCUUGGCAUCUGGGUGACGGCCCCCAAGUCGAAACUUUUUGUAAGUCUGCAAAUUUCACAUUCCUUCGACGCAAUCUGACAUUGUUAAAAGCUCCUGAGCCUGCCGAAUAUGACCUGCGCAAGAACGAGCCCUGGCUCUUCAACUCCGAGGGCGUGCAAGUUAUUGAAUCAGUGCGCGGCCAAAAGCUCGAGCGCGGCAGAGCAUCAGUCAACAACGGUCAGCGCUACAAGAAAAAAUUACAGCGUGACCUGUAUCGAGCAAAACGCGAGAGCAUGCUCGCAGCCGGCAAAGGAACUGAUUCUAUAAUGGCGCAAAACAAGGACAAGAAAACAACUGGAUUUUCAGUUGUGCUACCCUCCAAACCACUCGCGGUGCAUGAAUAUAGCAAGGUCGAUAUAGAUGAUGAUGAAGACGAGUUGGCCCUGGAUAACAACCUUGGCUACGAUGACGUUUUUGAUGAAGAUGGGGAUGAGAUGCUAGUUUGAUCCGCUUGGGUCUUGCCCGCACAUUUCAUAUUGAACGAUUGAUGUAUUUGUAUAACAUUUUGCGGCAUUCC